CUCCGCUGAAGUGGUGUGUUCCCGGUGAGAGGCUCUGCAGUCUGGAGGAUUGCACUCCGGGACACGGGACGUACUGCAAGCACGGCUACAUCUUUGCCUCCCUCGCCGCGGCUACAUCCUCAAGUCGUUUGACAACGAUACGCCUAUGUUAUCUGUGGUGAGGGACACGGAUUCCCUUCUUCUACCAGAAAUUGGCGCCAUCGUCACAUGUAAGGUGAUGAGCAUACACCAAAGAUUUGCUAAAGUUCAGAUCAUGUUUAUUGCUAACAGAGCUCUCAAAAACACCUUCAGAGGUACAAUCAGGAAGGAAGACAUCCGAGCAACGGAGAAAGACAAGGUUGAAGUUUACAAAAGUUUUCGGCCAGGAGAUAUCGUCAUGGGAAAAGUUAUAUCCCUGGGAGAUGUUCAGUCCAAUUACCUGCUCAGCACAGCAGAAAAUGAGCUCGGAGUAGUAGUCGCACACAGCGAAGCAGGGGCGACCAUGGUGCCUAUCAGCUGGUGUGAGAUGCAGUGCCCCAAAACGCACAUCAAGGAACCCCGGAAGGUGGCGCGAGUACAGCCUGAGUUUCUGCAGACCUAA